AUGAUCGCUUUGCCUGGUUUGGUGCAUCUUAACCUUGGCUCCACAUCACAAGCAUCUGUGCAUGUGAAGCGGGUAUCCAUACAAGAGCAUGAAAGGACAUGGGGGAGAGGAGCAAAAGCUGGCGGCCAGCAUUCUGCAAUGGCUGGAACUGUGGGCAGAUGCCAAAGAGGCACAACAAUGUUUUGGCUGGUGACAGGCGAGCUGGUGCUCGCCAUGGGCAGGCCACAACGAAGCUGUGCACCUGGUGGCAGCGAGUGCUUUCAUGAGCUCUUGUUCAGAUCUCUGCUACCAUGGUGCUUGUUUGGGUGA